AUGUGGGGUAAGCUAAAUCUUACGGACCUGGUGGAACAUGUGGCAACUGUCCUGCACUGUGCAGCACGCUCAGACCUCACGCUCAAUGAGGAGACGCUCUCAAGUGUCCUCCUGCAUCUUUCCAUGAACCUCAACGCUCUUCUGCAGCAGCUCUCCAUGACCAACUUCAGUUCCCAGAGUUCUCCCUUCAAUGACAUUCUGGACCAAAUGGUUCAUGACACCUUCACGAUGAGCAACCUGCAGGACGAGUCAUUUGUAAGAUUAUGGUUCCAGAUCAAGUUAAAGCCUCUUCUCUCCACACUGACUCCAGAAUAUCUCACGUGCCUCAGUCACAAAGAGUUCAGCUGCCAGACCUUCCAGAUACUUGUUUCAGAACUCAGUGACAACAUGCUACUGGUGUCAGAAGAAGGUGUGCAGGAUGUUUAUCAGUAUUUCAUCAGACCCUUCCUGAGCCGACAAAAUGUUUCAGGUGGCUGCCCUGCAGAGAACAGCAGCAUCUGGAUUACUCUGAAUCUUGGUGGAUUUUCAAAGUUUGCCACAUUGAGGGAAAUGUACCAGCUAAACCAAGACUUCAACGCUAUAGAUGCACUGGUGGUUCUCUCCCCCAGACAGACAGCUGAACUCAUAGUUGAGGAUUUUGCAGGUCUGCCAGAGAAAAGUGUUAUCAUAAACAUAGUUUUUGAUCAUAUCCUGGUGUCUCCUGAAGACCGUCGACUGCUUGAGAUGCUUAGAUAUCUCAUAAUGCUCGCUGGCCAGAUGGGUUUGGAGUGCUCAUCAUACCAGCAGAUAGUUCAGAGGCUGCAGGAUUCUGUGGUUCCUCCACACAUGAAGGAACCCAUCAAGUACUACAUAAGUCAGCUGGAACAAAUGGCACCUCCUGGCUGUUUUCCUCCACCUGUUACGAAACCUCAUUUGUAA